CUGAACUCUAUCAUCACCAUGUGAAGUGUGAACGCUAGCUAAAAAGUUCCCGUCCCGUCAUUUCUUGUCUUCUACUCCUCAACCUCUGGUUAGUUAGUUACCGCGCAGGUUCCAGGAAGCCACCUUUGACUCUGUAUGAGUCUCCGGUCGGUCUGAAAAUCCAGUUUUCCUAUUUUUUUAUGACGACUGACUCAACGACCCCUUUUCUAUGCCUUAAUUAUUAUAAAAAGAGAAAAAAGAAAUCCAAAACUCAAAAACCCACAUUUCUUACAAUUGUACCAAUACCAAAUACGCACCACCACCAUGUAUCUCCAAUACAUCAAUCCCACCAGCGCAGCCACUAUUAACGACGCCGUUUCCGUCUCUUCAACCGAGCCCAAUAAUAUAGCGGCUCCCAGACUUGUGGACCAAAACGGCGACUGUAGGCACGCUUUGGCUGUCGUUUCGCAGCCACUACCGGAGGUGCCGAGGUGGGAGAGCGCUCCGAGAGUGGUCCCGUCCAUGGACGCCGUGGUGAAGGUGUUUUGUGUGCACACGGCACCUAAUUUCUCGUUGCCUUGGCAGAGGAAGAAGCAGUACAGUUCCAGCAGUAGUGGGUUUGUGAUAGGGGGCAGAAGGGUUUUGACUAAUGCGCAUUCUGUGGAUCAUCAUACUCAGGUUAAGCUCAAGAAACGCGGCUCUGAUACCAAGUACUUGGCCACUGUCCUAGCCAUUGGAACCGAGUGUGAUAUUGCGAUGCUUACUGUGAGUGAUGAUGAGUUCUGGGAAGGGAUUUCACCUGUGAAGUUUGGGUGUUUGCCUGCACUCCAAGAUGCUGUGACUGUUGUUGGGUACCCAAUUGGGGGUGACACAAUCUCUGUGACUAGUGGUGUUGUGUCACGCAUGGAGAUACUGUCUUAUGUUCACGGCUCCACUGAGCUUCUGGGAAUGCAGAUAGAUGCUGCAAUCAACUCUGGAAACUCUGGUGGACCUGCCUUUAAUGAUAAGGGAAAAUGCGUGGGCAUUGCAUUUCAGUCCCUUAAACAUGAAGAUGCGGAAAAUAUAGGCUAUGUCAUACCCAUACCGGUUAUUAUGCACUUCAUUGAGGAUUAUGAGAAGAAUGGCGCAUAUACAGGCUUCCCAAUUCUUGGAAUCGAGUGGCAAAAGAUGGAAAAUCCUGAUCUUCGCAUGUCAAUGGGGAUGGGACCUGAUCAAAAGGGUGUGCGUAUUAGAAGAAUAGAACCUACAUCUCCAGAAUCUCAACUGCUGAAGCCAUCUGAUGUUAUUCUUAGCUUUGAUGGGGUUAACAUUGCUAAUGAUGGCACAGUUCCAUUCAGGCAUGGAGAGCGCAUAGGUUUCAGUUACCUUGUCUCUCAAAAAUACAUUGGUGACAAUGCUGUAGUAAAAGUUCUUCGUAAUUCAGGGACACUUGAAUUCAACAUUAAACUUGCAAAACACAAGGAACUCAUCCCCUCACACAUUGAGGGAAAACGCCCUUCCUAUUAUAUCAUUGCUGGAUUUGUUUUCACAGCUGUUUCUCUUCCAUAUCUGCGUUCUGAGUUUGGAAAUCUAUUUGACGUUCCAAUCAAACUGUUGGACAAGCAUUUACAUGCAAUGGCACAGUCUAUUGAUGAACAGCUUGUUGUAGUUUCUCAGGUACUUGUUGCUGACAUUAACAUUGGAUAUGAGGACAUCGUUAACAAUCAGGUUCUUACUUUCAAUGGUAUGCCUGUGAAGGAUCUGAAGAGCUUGGCCAGCAUGGUUGAGAAUUGUGAUGACGAGUACCUAAAGUUUGGUUUGGAAUACAAUCAGAUGGUUGUUCUACAGACGAAUACUGCCAGGGCAGCAACACUGGAUAUCCUCACGACACAUUGCAUAUCUUCGGCCAUGUCUGAUGAUCUUAUGACUAAAGAGAAUGCUUUAGAGGAAGUACAGUCGACACUUGAUGACCCUAAGACUAGAGAUACGAUUUUAGAGGAAGUACAAGAGACUAAAGAUAUUUUUUAAGAGGAAGUACAGAAGACCUCUUCUCCUUUAGCCAGCGACAUAGAUGAAUUCUAGAAUGCUCUUACAGGAAACCAAGUAUAACACUUGUCCCAACCAAAUUUCAGAGUCGUCAUUAUGGGAUAAGCUUUUAAUUUUUUUUUUAGUCAUAGAUUAUGUGAUAGUAAGGGCAAAAGGAAAUAAUGUCACUUGUGCAAGAACCUAGUUUGGGAUUGUAAAAACAUUUUCUUCAUAUGAAAUCAAUUUGAUGCAAGUUUUAUGGCCUCAA